AUGGCGGCUUUGAUCGAUAACAUCCACAAACAUGCUCACCGGGUGCACGCCCGCUUCCAUCCCAGCCACGGCCAUCGUCACGCGGAAAGAAACUCUUAUAUGACCUUGACAAUCCGUAAUCUUCCAUUGGGGACCACGGAAACCGACGUCUUUGAGCAUAUCCGACGACAGAGACCGGAUUCUGACCCCGUUGUCAAUCCCUUGACCAAGGAGACAAAUCAGCGCACGCUCUGUGCGGUCGUCACAAUCCGCCAGGAGACGGAGGAAAGAUGUAAAACUUUGCGUGACAGGCUCAACCUUACGCGCAUCUACCCAAAGCAUCCAGCGGGUGAUGUCAGAGAUUCAGCUAUCAUGGUUAGCGAUGAGUUUCUCGGUGUAACAACCAUCGCUGAGCACGAUGACCCUCAAUUCGAUAUGUACUUCGUUCAUGGCCUCGGAGGGCAUGCCUUCAAGUCUUGGAGCACGGACAAAGGCGCGCCUCACAUGUGGCCCAGAGAUUUCCUUCCUGACGACGUCAAAGCGAGGCCGCUGAAUCCCAUGAAGUGGAAAGGUCGAAAGUUGGCCGGUCGCUUUGCAACCGUGGGAUAUCGCGCAAGCGCUAUGUUUGCUUCCGCUGCCACUGCAACGAUCGACAAGAUAUCGCAGAAUUUCCUCAAUCAUCUGAGGGCUGACCGAACUGAGGGAUCCAAGCGCCCAAUGUACUUUGCAUGCCAUAGCCUUGGAGGCUUGGUCGUCUGCCAGGCCCUUAUCCAUGCUCUAUCUGAAGAGUCGCACAGGCUAGAGCGGUUCCAGGACUGCCAAAGCACAUUCUUCAAUGGAGAAGAGUGCCUUGUGAAGGGCAUCUUCUUCUUCGGCACCCCCUUCGAAGGCUCCAGGCUAGCCAGAUAUGCCUCUCGCAUCGUAAAGUUCCUCCAUGGCAAUGACACGCUCAUAGGCAGCUUGAGCAUCCAGUCUGAGGACCUGAACACCAUUGUCGCUAGGUUCGAUCAGAUGAGAAACAACCCAAGGACGAGGAUUCCGAUCGUGAUUGCAUAUGAGAUGCAGCCAAUGUUUGGCAUGAGAUUUGUAACCGACCCAGACUCAGCCAUGAGCUCGUUCGACUGCCAGACUAUCGGUAUUGAAGGCGACCACCGCACCAUGAUCAAGAUGGAGAACAACCAAGAUCGAAGUUACCGUGACGUCGCCGAAUUCAUUAUCCGAAUGAUUCAACAAACAUUGUCCGGAUCCAAUAGUAUCCCACCCUCUCCCGCAGUUGGGUCUGAUACAUUUGGGGAACUCCCUUUCAGACGGAUUCCAAGAGAUGAGAGCCUCCCUCCAUACCAAGGCCAGAAUAUGGGAAGGCUUUCCACAGAGAGCUCAGCCAGCAAUGAAGCAUCGACCACUCGCCCCCCUUCCCAUUCCCAACCCGUAGGUUUAGGCAUCAGCAACCCAAACUCCGAAGAAAACAACUCUCCUGGGAGAUCCCGUUCCAACAUAGUCCCCGUCAAACUCAACGACAUGAUGCCUCUCAAUCGUGUUGAUGGUAGAAGGGAAGAUGACCGGGAGUUCGCCAUGCUCUCCAAAUUCGACGUCGUCUUCCUUCUCGACGACACGGGCUCAAUGAUGGAAGCCGUCCCCUCAUCGACCGACCACUGCGAGACAAGGGAGCGUUCGAAAUGGGACGAAAUGAUCGAUUCUCUGCGCUAUAUCGUCGAUAUUGUAACACACUAUGACCGCGACGGCGUAGAUGUGCAUUUUUUCUGCAACGAAGAUAAAGACGAGUUUAGCAUCCGAGAUGGACAACGGGUUCUAGAUCUCUUGACCAACGAAGUCAGUCCAGACGAGAUUGGCGGCGGAACCUUCAUUGCCGAGCGACUUUGGACGAUCCUGACGGCUUAUAUCGACCGGUUCGAAAACUAUCGGCGACGGAUGGGAGAGCGGGCACCUCCUCCCGAGAAGCCGAAAAUGCUGAACCUCAUUGUGAUCACGGACGGAGCUGCGGACGACAAGGAUGGGGUAGAGGAGGUAAUUGUCGAUGCAGCGAGGAGACUGGAUGAACUGAGGGCUCUUCCAAACCAAGUAGGGAUUCAGUUUUUGCAAAUCGGCAAAGACGAAGCGGCUUCGAGAUGGCUGAGGAAAUUGGAUGAUGAUCUAAAGGAGAACCAUAAGAUUCGAGACAUGGUUGACACCCGUCCCUGGGACAGAGUCGAUCAGAUCGACAAAUCUUUGCGAGAGAGACUCACCAACAUUCUCCUCGGCGGCAUUGACAGAGCCAGAGACAUUGUGUAA